CUCGGAUCUGUUGCGAGAUCGUUAUGAUGACAAACACGGCUUAAUACAAUCCAAGACACAGUUUGACAGCUGAGCACCUCAUCUGAUGUAACUCGGGGGAAGCCUCAUUCACUCCGCCAUUGUCGACCCAAAGAAGCAAGUAUCGAGAGAUGACUCGCCUCUCCAAGCAAAAGGCAUGCAUAGCAUGCACAGAAUCCAAACGCCGCUGCGAUAAAGGCCUACCAUCAUGUUCCCGCUGCGACGACCGCGACGUGGACUGCCACUACCCCGUCACAAAACGACGCCGGCGGCCCGAGACCUUCAAGCCGCUGCCGUUCUCUGACCCACCGGCACCGUCCCCGGUAUCGCUACAGCAGCAGCACUCCAUUCCGGCAACGGUGCCAGAUACGCUCCUCUUCGACGCAUCCCCUCUGACAAACGGCAUCUGGAGCAUGCCCUGGUCAGACCUAGAGUUCACCACCCCAAACCUCUCUCUCUCAGCAGUAUCAGCCUUCUCCCUCCCGCCACCAAAGCCCGCAACAUUUCCGCAGCAGCAGCAGCUACACCAUGAACCUUACAUCACCAAACCAGACUACCCUCGCCUCAAAUCCUCCGUAGCUGCCUCCCUCGCAGGAAGCCAGUGGUUCCUCGCCCCCCAAACAUGGAGGAUAGACCACUGGCCCGCGCCCCCGCGCGACGCCUACCCCGUCUCCGUCCUGACCAACUUCACCCGCGGUUUGCAGGCCUGGGUCCGGCGGUGGGUGAUGGACGGUCACAACCCCUUUAUCCACCGCAGUCUUUACACCGAGGGUAAUCACUUCCCAUCAUGCGUCCAGGACGCUUUUGCCGCGGCGUCGGUGUACUUCCACAAGACGUCUUUGAAUGAGGCGUUUGUCCAUCGAAUCUUGGAUGAACGCGUCACGGCCCUGCUGGCAAGUCAGCCCGCGGUAGAGGGCAAUGACUCCAUGUCCGUUCCAUUACUCGAGACGAGAGAUCAUCUAGCUCGCGUACAUGCGCUCUACGUCUACACCAUCAUCCGCCUCUUCGACGGCUCGGUAAGCCUACGCGCCGCCGCCGAAGAACACCUGCCUACCCUAGAUCUCUGGUCAAAACAACUAUGGGAAUCCGCCCAAAGAGACGCCGAUACUCUCUACAGGAGCCAAUGUCCCCCUUCAACAUGGCAAUGCCAAGCACAAAGGGACUCGGACCUAGCAGACCAAGUCACAGCAAACACCAACGCCGCCAACGCUGCCAGACCAGGCAGAAACAAUAACGGCGACAAACCCAACCACCCAAAAGAAGAAGUCUUCAACCGCGACCUCUGGACCUGGAACCUCUGGGUCCUCUCCGAAUCUGUCCGCCGCACCUGGAUCAUCGUCGUCUGCACUCUGGGCGUGUACAAUGCCCUCAAGGGGAAAUGGGGCGAGUGCUCAGGCGGCGCCCUCUUCACCGCCCGUGCGGGCCUCUGGGACGCGCCCUCGGCUCCGCGGUGGGCGGCGCUGUGUCGAGAGACGUCCGGGAAGGGGGCCAGGGCCGGGCGAGGCAGAGGUGGUACCGGCACCAGGGUUGGUGCUGCUGCCGACCGCCCGGGGGCGGAGUGCAGCGAGGACGACGAUGCCAACGGCUGCGGUGAUCGGAAUCUCUUUGUGCCUUCGCUCGAUAGCGAUGGGUUGCUUCAUAAUGCGGCCGCGGCGGAUGUUGAUGAGUUUGCGAGGCACUUGUUUACUUGUAUCUGGGGUCUCGAUCGUGUUGAAGAUUGGGCAUUAAGAACGGCUUCAGAAGGGGAGGUGAACUUGGUUUAUUGAGCUUGAGCAUCGUGGUUUCGUGUGUGGCGGAUUCGAUGUUGUGAGGACUUAACUGUCAUGCCCUUCGACAAAAGGCUAUGGAUGUCAAGAGGUUUGAGUUUGUUACUGUGAACGACAUGGGCGAUAUUUUCGGAAACAAUCAUUCACGUCAGCGGGUGUGAGAUAUGC